AUGGCCGAGGAGGUGGCGCGGCUCGAAACGGAGCCCGUUCAUCAAGAAACGUCAAAUUCAUCCAAACCCUCUCCUAGGGAUGAUGGCGGUCAGAACCCGAUCGAUAAAGAGAUAGCCUCUCCUCCACAGGAUCAGUCUAUCAACAUGACCGACGUCAGGAUAGAGACACCUCUCACCGACAAUCGAGCAUCUGCUCAAGCCGGGGAUUCGGAACCGGCCAUUACAGAAGAGAGUGUCAAAACUCUCAUUGAAGAAUUUUUCAACGACGCGGUUCGGCCAUGGAAGAAGAAAUUAAAGAAAGCCGCAGUUCAAGCAGUCAAGAUAGCCGAGACAACAAAGGAUGAUCUUGGCGAGGCGGUCAAGCAGAUCACGUCAAUUGAAACGAACUACGGCAAUACGAAUCAACUGUACGACGGUCAUCUUGAUCGAACCAAGGCAUUGGAGGAUAUGACUCCAAAGUUGGUGGAUGACCUCGCUUCGGUCAGCCAGAAGGUAGCCAAUUUGGAACGGUCUCAAGAAAAGACCGAUCAAAAGUUGACAAAGGUCGAGGAAGACCUAGCGCAAUCAAGUGCCCAAGCCGGCUCAACACUUGAAAGGUUAAUAAUUCUUGAAGAAAAGAAUACGACCCUUGAGGAAAAGAAUGCCAAGCUUGAAGCCGAUCUCAAGGCGGUCACCGAACAGGUGGCAGAAUUAAUAUCGGCCAAGCUGGCUGCCGAUAAGGAAGCUGAGGAGGCGAAUGAUCUGGCGGCUAAGAAACUCCAAGAUGCGCUGGACGAGCAGACCCGGACACAGUAG